GAUCGCAGUACGGAGGAGGCUGAUCAUUGUACGGGGAGGACACAGAGGAGGAGGCUGAUCGCAGAUUGUACAGUGGAGGACCCGGAAAACCUGGCAGGCAAGCACAAUGACCAAAUUAACAACAGACACCCUAUUGAAGAAAGGUCUUCCAAAAUCCAGCCAAUUGAAGAAUUUAAAGACACUCAACUUGUCUAAAAUGCAGCUGGAGACGAAAGAUGUUGAUCCACAUCUCUUUUCACAAAUGAUAAAUCUUGAAGAACUGGACAUCUCCAACAACAGUCUAUCUGAAGUCCCAGAAAAGAUCAGCCUUCCUAAACUAAGGGUGCUGAAUUUUAUUGACAAUCAGGUUGAGGAUGUAACCAGUCUGCAACAGUUUCCUAAUCUGGAGGAGGUCAUGUAUGAAGAAAACCUAUAUCUUACUGUCAGCGAUAAUUACAAGGUGUUCUGUCUUCUACCUAAACUGCGACGAUUGAAUAAUAAAGAUAUAACAUCUCUGGCUAAUCAUGUCCGGUUUGUCAACCACAGAGAAUUAACCUCCAGGGUCAAAACCUACUGGGAGAAGAGCUACAAGGACAAGUUGCCUGAUAAGCCCACCCCAGCCAUGAUUAAAUCUGUCAGUAAGGAGUUUCUGAAGACAGUGGUAAAUCAUGUGAAGUAUGGUCCCAACUCUCUCAAAGACUUUACCAAGUGGAAAGUGAAUAUAAUUGCAGAAGAAUUAAUUUCUUCAUUGUUGUGUAAUAAGAAAAAGGAUGCAGAGCCACAACCUGAACCAGUAUCUUCAAAUGAUGAUAAUACAGAGAUUCUGAUAACUCCUGGUAAGAAAAGGCGUACUGGUGAAUUAGACCUUGCAUUAGGAACUCCUACAAAGCACCUCCGGACAAAUGAUGUGCUCUCACUUGCUUUAACACCUACAAGGUCAUCCUCUAAACUUCAGGAAAGCCCACACAGAUCUUCACCAUCCAGAAAUAAACCAAAUUUUCCACUUUCUCCAUUUAAGAAUAAAUCAAACGUUACACCCGUUAAGGAACCUGCUAAGCGUGGCAUGUCAACACCUCAAAAAAUCAAUCUAAGGAGCACACCAUCACAAAAAGAACCCGAUGAGAAGAGAUCAGUAGACCAUGGGAGACAGAAGAGGGAACUAAAAAAAAAAGGAUUUGAUGUGGAGCCACUUCAUUUUCUCCAGUGUCACAGUAAAAAUAACAAUAGCGAUGAUUUCCGCACCCAGCUGUGGUCCUGUGCUUUUGAGCCUGCUCUGGAUUCUUCGUCAAGUAAAGUUAUCGCAACAUGUGGUGGCGAGUCAGUUUGUGUUAUCGACUGUGAGACUGGAAAGGUUCUAAAGAAGUACAAGUUUCCUGGAGAGGAAUUCUUUGCACUGGCCUGGACGACUCUAACAAUGAUAAGCAACGAGGGACAGAAGAGGAAAGUCAAUGUCUUGGCAGCUGGUGGAAGAUAUGGAGUAGUCCGACUGAUGCAUCCCAAAGUUAACAUGUGCUAUGGAGAAAUAAAAGCUCAUAAAAAAGCCAUCUCAAUCAUGUGUUUCAGCCCAGCGCAUGACACGUUUCUCUUCACUGGAUCCUAUGACAAGAGAAUCAUAUUAUGGGAUAUAGGGGUUCCAGACUAUGAGUACAACUUUAGAGCAAGCCAGUUGCUGACACUGGACACUCCAUCCGCUCCUCUGCGGCUCUGCCUGGUACCUUCCGCUGUGGAUCAAUACUUGCUGGCAGGUUGUGAUGAUGGGUGCUAUGUGUGGGACAUAACGCUGAAUAAUCAAAAAGGAAGAUGUUCUUAUCAUGCAGAGUUCAGUUUUCCGAUAUACAAGAAAAAAUCCGAUGACAAUGAUUAUCGCACUAUAGAUGGACUGGCGUUUCUGAAUGAUGAUCUAAUUGCUUCUAAGAGUGCCAUGCAAGGAUCCAUAUACAUUUGGAGCUGGAAGAAGUCUUUCAAUAAACAGCGCUCUAAGAGCUCCAAGAAAAUGGAGGCAGCUGUACUAGCAGAGCUGAAGUGGUCACAGACUGAACUACCAUACCUCACACUCACAACCUCUUCAGGACUCUGCCUAUUCUGUGGUGAUGAGUCUGGGAAAGUGUGGAUUUAUGAUCUUGAAUCCUGUCGAGCUGAGUUACAGAAGGGAGUCUCAGGCGGUGCUCUGAAAGAACCCACAAAGGUUAUUGACUGGCCAGCUCCCGCUUCAAAAAAAGGCCAAAUGGAAGAGACUGUGAUCAACAAUGUGAUUGUAAACCCAGCAAAUGAAUAUUUAGUUGCCUUAACUGACAAAAAUGUUAUUGGUAUCUGGAAAAUCUUAUAAUAGAGAUGGACCCUUCUCUGGGAUUACAAAAACUGUAAUUUUUGUAGGUAAUUUUUAUGUAAAAAAAAAAAAAAAAAA